UGUACCAGGGCUGUAUCCUAUUUUUCUGACGGCAGAUCUAUAGGGUAGCAACAAACCGCUUAUGCAAAGUGCAAAGGGGCAGCCUGGAAAACAGUUGCGAGUAAACAAAUGCAUUCAAACAACUAACCUAAACAAACAACUGCUAAAUCCAUGCAUAAUACCUUCUGUUAGCUAUAGCCAAUUUACUUAAUGCAGCAGAAGUCGAUAUUGACAUUAGAGUCACCUCAGGUGACUAGGGUCCCUUCCCCAAACUCCUACCAUGAUGUGUAUCCGUAGUACCUCGAAGAAACCCACACUGCAUGGGGAGAAAAUGCAACUGGGAUGGGCAACUGGGAACACUACCUGGGAUAGGCACCAGGCCCCCAUCUAUCUCUGAUGAGGAUAUGAAUAGAAGGUGGAAGCAGCAGCCUUGUGCCAAUCAAUUUAGGUAUGUGCACGUGCCUACCCACAAUUUUGUAAAAAUGUAAUGUAUACAUGAAUUAUUCCGUCAGCCGAUAACGUGCCUAUAUUGACUGCGAAUAACACGCCGUUAAAUUCGCAGUAAACUUGCAGUCACGGUAUUCUGGCCAAUGAGCUUCCUCCGUUAGACUGCGUCUGUUAAUCCCCUCCCCCAUCCCUCAUCAUUCCCAAUAACGCUACACAUAAUCAACAAGCUGUUACGCCGUGACAUUCAUGACUCACAUCUCAGUUGGACAUGUUGGAAUCUAUAGGCCUAUUAGUUACAUAAAGUUUCAAAAACAUUAAUAUCUGCAUAUAUGUGUAUUUUUUAUGUGUUGUGUGCGGCUUUAUGUGCCUUCCCACAAAUUUGAUUUGCACAAUGCCGAUGGAUGGAUUGAUGGAUAUCAAAGAAAAUACAUUUUCAAUAUGUAAUAAAAUACAUUAUGCCUUUAAGUAAAAAAGCGCUUAAAACGUUAUGUACUUUUGAGCUAAGCCUAUUCUCCCCUCAUCAGUGCAUAUCAUAUAUGAAUUGUUCAAAUGCAUUUUGGAUUAUAACCUUUACUUCUAAAGGCAUUAUAAAUGUAUAAAGUUUCGUUCUGUUACAUGUUCGACUUACUGAACACUGCAGUAUUCCACUUGGCUAUGCAGUGAUACUUGACUUAAUGAAAAUCCAACUAAAAGCGCUUAAAGUCAGUGGCAGAAUGAGCGUGUUUUGUUACAGUUUCCUAGUAUGUUUUCCAUGAAACGGUGGGAAACGUUGUGCAAGAAACUUCGUGGUACAUUUUCUCUCGUUUGGUGCAUUUGUCAGAAGUGUAUAUAGUAGCUUUAGUCAUAGAUGCAAGCAGUUGUCUAUUGAUUUUCCCCCACACACAUCAAAGCACACAAACAAAAAAAUCAGUUUUGUGUAUUUCAGGAUUGUUGCCGCAUUUUGACAAUAGUGUAAACGUAGAGCACAGAAUGUGACAGUGAAGCCUUGGUGUGCUUCCGUGGCUGCGCGAGAGGUCAGAGGUGACUCCGUUAUAUUCCUCGAAUAGGCACUCUGGUCACCAAGGUGAUUCCUUUGUGUCAUAGUGCUCAUUCGCUCCUGUAUAUGCAGGUGUGCCUUCUACACGCUUUCACAGUAUAUAUGCCAUAAAGUCUUUCUGAUUUGUUUGCAUUUCUGGAGGUGUGUUUCUGUAUUGUGCAUGUUAGAGGACAAACCAUUAUGUCAAAUGUUUAAUACUGCAGUGUUUUAUUGUCAUUAUCUUUGCAGCUGGGAAAUGUUAUCUUGUGUCACAACAUAGUUACAUAUAGAUGGAAUAACAAUAAGCCCACUUGAUUUGACUGUUACUUGACUAUUAUUGACUGAUACUGUAUAUUUAGUAAUGUUAUUCAUGUAACAGAUAAUAUGCAUGUUAUGGGGUGUGAUUUUCUGCACAUUGUGUUCUGCUCAUUGGUUAGCAGUUCAUAGUGUAACGGUAGGUUAUUUGGCCCCAGUUUAACUACAACCUACAGUAGAGACACUUCAACAAUGUUUUCCCUGUAUGAUAGGUAGUAAAACUCUCUGUGACAUGAAGUAAAUGCUUCAUUAAGUGCCUUUCCAUUUCCAUUUCCAUUUCCAUUUCACUGUGCUAGAACUGUAGCCAUUGUUGUUUCAUUAUAUGUGAAUGUCACAGGUGGCUAAAUUGUUGCCAGAUAAAUAGUACCACCGUUUUAGGUAAAAUGUGUAACCUUAGAACUUUACCUUCGCAUUUUUAUUAUAAGGUUGAUGGGAAAUUGUUUGCCAGUAAUUAUAUUGCCAGGAAUAUGCGUAUGUGUAAUUUAUCACCUAUAUUGUUAAAACAUUUAAAACUCAUAUUCUAUAAACAAUGUAUAUUGUAAAAAUAUACAAAGCUGAAAUUGUACAUAAUUUUUGUUUUGGUUCUUUGUCUUAGAAUGCCAUUAUGAGGACGAAAGGUGCAGUUAAUUUCGAUUAAUGAUAUGUUUCAAAUCGUUGUAUAUGAUCGAGAUUACUUGUUUUCGUUAUAUUUCUGUUUGGCACAAUAAAAUCAGAACAUUACUGACAGGACAGUGGCUUGCUUUGGUGAAUCACCGCAAAGUACAAUAAACGCAAAAAUGCUACACAGAAAAUAAUGAUGCAAAUUGUCUUAAGCGACAGGACCUAAUCAAAAAAAUUCGUUUUAGUUUUAAAAACGUUUGUUUUAGAUGUUUAAAAGAUACCUUUAUAGAAUUUAAGAUCGAUUAUCCCACUUGUCACAUUUCUUUAGAUAAUGACUGGUACUAUUUAUAAGAAAUAUUGUUUUAUUUUUGUUUAAAAAUUACAACAAGUUGGAACGUAAAUGUAAAAUUUUGUAUCCAAAUCAUCAGGAAAAAAAACUCGAAUUAUCCCUUUGCAGUUUGCCACCAAAGACUAAUAACGAAAGCAAAUAUUUGAUAUUGAAGAGCACUUCUUAGUUUAAAAGUACAUACUCUAGGUGGAACCCACUUUAGCCAUGGGUGUUUAAUAGAUUUGAAGGCUGUAAGAGGUCAUUGUAUUUAGACAUUCUCACGUUGGACAAAACUCUGUUUUGCCUUGUCGAGUUGGGCGCUUAAAUUAAGUGCUUUCAGUAACAACGCGUGUAGUCCUCGAAUAAUGUAUUCGAAACACUACUCAAAUUUAUUUGAGUGCUUCUAUCAUCAUGGUUCUUUCUCUGUCGUCUUGUGUUUGGGUAUUGAUUGUAAAUUGAUUUUCUUGUUUGUUUGUUUUAAAUCAGUGACGGUAACGUUGUGUAAUUUCCGAAAGAUAAUACUGUCAACAUACAGCACAGUGCAAUACAUGGGUGAAAAGCCAAUAACGUUACAGUAGAUUCUUUGAUCUAAAGUAUCAAAAUAGCAAAAACCACUGUUAUUUUACUUUAAAAUUCAUAAAGUCGACUAAUUGGUGCCAACAAAUGAGUCUGAUACUAGAAAGCGAAGACAUUUAAUUCGGUUUGGAAACGCAUAAGUAAUAACUCUGUAUAGACUUGGCGGCAGUAGACGUGGAGCAGUAGAUAGUGGCCCAAAUCCUAUUCAACCUCAUUCAAAACCAUGACAACAAGAAACAAGCUCGGAUUUAUCCCAGAACGUUAAAGCACAUUGUGCUAAAGCGUCAAUCACGCUUUAUUUCGGGACUGAACAAAUGCAAAAUCUUGACUGGAACAAAUGCUUCCAACGGGUCCAGGACGUAGGGCUACACUUUCCUCCUUUGUUCUCAGCCACUGGCUGGCAUGUAUUUGCGUUCCUUUUCGUUCGACCACCCAGGAAGUCCAGAAAGGCAGAUCGCUCGCCUUGGAAGGCUGUUUCUGUCACCAAGGCGCUGUAGGGGUGGUUGGUUCGAGUAUUGCAUGGGAACUAUGUCUCGUGCAAGCUGCUCCUGAAGGGCCAGUAUCAGAGCCCAUUGAAAUGUACUGCUGCAUCAUACAGUACAAUGUUUGUUUAAAUUAUUUGCAAGAUACCGCUUAUUUACGAUUGGACACGAGAUGGCUGCACUGUUCAUCAGUUAUCUUCAGGGAAUAAUUCGUUUUUCGGGUUACUUCACAACGGUGUAAGAAACAUUAUUUAGUAUUAAAAGUAUACAGAAGAUCGAUUAAAGUUUUGUAUAAAUAAUUUUGAUUGAUCAUUUUAGGGAACCCGAAUUUAUGCGUGCGAAUACUUCCGAUUUUCGAUUUCGAUCUUCAGAUAGAUUGGGUACAGUUUAAAUUACACCCUAUUUGGCUGACUAUAGUGUUUAAAAUAUACAGUAGAUUAUUAUACUUCAUGAAAAAUAUACAAUUUCUUCGUACCAAUGGAAAAUUUGCUGGUCAAAUUAGCUAUACCCGUUCAUUGAGGCACAUAAGCGUUUCAGGUAGUAUCCCGCAAACUUUAUGCAAUAUAGAACAAUACGCCCCAAACUUUACUUUUAGUUUUACAGAAUACACACGUUUUUUAACUCCCUAAUUAAGAUGUAAAUGCUACUAGCACAUAUGUCAUAUAUUUCAUACCUUUAGUGGUCAGCUAAAAGAGCUAUUAAUAAAUUAGCUAAAUCAACUAUUCGCAUCAGGCUAAUGGGUCACUUUGUAUGUAAAUAUCUAAGUUGUUAGUGGACAACGGAGGGGGUCGUUGGUUGUCACUUGCCACCCAAGACGUCAUUCAGCAACAACAAUUACCAUUAUCUCUUUCCCACUUUUAGCGAAUCAGACAGAAUAUGUAAUGAUGAUGAGUGUUUCCUUUGGCUAUUGUGGAAGUAACGGCGUAUUCUUCUGCGCGUUCACACCUACCCUCACUUGGAUUUCUGCACUUGAGUCAUUCAGGUGCUUAGCAUCCCAGCGAAGGAGAGACGCUGAAAGGAAGCACUGUUUGCAGAGCUGAGAGCUGUAAAUAUAAACAUCCCGCCGUCGGGCUCCACGGGGUAUUUGAGGUCGCGUUUUGACAGCGUGCUCGUCCCCUUAGCUCGCGAAGUGGAUAGACCGCUUUUCGGACUUGAUCUGAGAUCGCAUACACCGAAAACACACAUUUUAAAUGAUGGCUCUCUCUGCUAAAAUACGUUUCACCGUAAGGAGCAUUUUGGAUUUACCCGAACCUGAAGCCGAUGCUGCUCAUCAACACUCUCCAGAGCGGCCCAACUCUCCUUAUUCUCCAUGGUUGGACAGCGACCGGAGUCACUGCAUAUCUUCGGACGAAAGCAGUCCUGAGAUAUUACCCGACUCAACGAAGACACAUGAGCCUUUUUCGGAAAACGCAGAGAAGAGGAAAAAGCGCCGCGUGUUGUUCUCAAAGGCCCAAACCUUCGAGCUCGAGAGGCGCUUUCAGCAACAGCGGUACCUGUCUGCCCCUGAACGGGAGCAUCUGGCGCACCUCCUGAGCCUAACGCCGACUCAAGUGAAGAUCUGGUUUCAGAACCAUCGUUACAAGAUGAAGAGAGGGCGGGCGGAGGUAUCUCAAGAUCUCGACCAAGCUCCUGUGCUCCGUAGAGUUGUGGUGCCUAUUUUGAUUCGGGAUGGCAAGCCGUUUAACACCUGCGUUGUCGACCCAGACAAGACAUGUAGCGAAAUACCGCCGACAGUGGCUGCGACGUCCUUCAGCCUCCAUGGGUACCAGUCUUUUCAGCAUCCGUCACCCUUCGCCUUAUUUCCCAGAUAUCAGCACUUACCGAGCUCUGCUGCAGCCAGGCAUAGCUGGGCCUGGUGAAAGGGACUUUGUGAACAUUUCAGCGACUAUUGAAGCACAGAAAGCUAAGAAUCCACUUUUCAACACGGGGUCACGAGAAAUGUGCCAUCCCAGUGUCAUUUUAAUUAAAUAAUUUCCAUGGUUACUUAAACAAUUUAAGAGUCUAAACUUUGUAAAGAUACUGAAUUGAAAAUAUUUUGCACAUUUUAAAAGUAUUUUUUGCUGAUGAGCUGCCCUUAGUUUUUGUAUAUAGAUUUAAAAUGAAAUGUUACUUCUCCAAUAGACAUUUUUAUGUUGUAUUCAAGUUUGACUAAAUAAAACAUCAUCGUCGAUUUUUAAUGAUGGUAUCCAUAUAGAUUUGAAGAAAAUUGAUAUUACUAUGUAUAA